CACAACUUCCUCUCUUCUGUUCCCAGUGGCCUUUGUCCUCUGCACCAAGCCUAUUUCAGCUGAUCUUGCCAAUAAUAAUAAAAUCGGUAGCUGGCUAGAUUGACCAUGCAAGGCGACGUAGAGAUAAAACCAGGGGUCCACACCUAUGUUGCUCAGUGGCCAAUCUGUGCUCUGGCAUGGUCAUUACGUCGCGACAAAAAUCACCGCCUUGCCGUAGGUAGUUACAUAGAAGACCUCAUGAACAAGGUUGAACUCGUUCACUUCAACCCCGAGACAUUAAAUUACAGCAGUGACCCUAAUCUGGUUUUGGACCAUCCUUACGCUCCGACAAACAUCAUGUUCUUCCCCUCCGAGGACGACGCAAAUCCCGACAUCAUCGCCACCUCCGGGGACUACCUAAGACUGUGGGAAAUACAAGAUGAUCGGAUUGAGCUCAAGUCCCUCCUGAGUGGCAACAAAGUCAGAGAUAACUCAGCCAUAACCUCUUUCGACUGGGCAGAGUUUGACACGCGUCGUGUGGCUGCAUCGAGCGUGGACGCCACAUGCACCAUAUGGGAUAUCGAGAGGGAAGCUUUGGACACACAAUUAGUGGCACAUGACAAAGAAGUGUACGACAUAUCAUGGGGUGGUUUUAACGUGUUUGCUUCGGUGUCUGGGGAUGGUUCUGUGAGAGUUUUUGACUUGAGGGACAAAGAAAGAUCGACCAUAAUAUUUGAAAACCCAGUACAAUAUUGUCCGCUGUUACGCCUCGAAUGGAAUAAAGGGGAUCCAAGGUUUAUAGCUACGGUCGGAAUGGACAGUAAUAAAGUGGUAAUAAUGGAUAUUAGGCAACCAACCACACCGGUGAUGGAACUAAAUAAGCAUAAGGGAAGUGUUAAUGCUAUAUCGUGGUCCCCACACAUGGGACGCCAACUCUGCUCCGGUGGCGAUGAUUCGAGAGCUCUGAUUUGGGACGUGGUGGGAACUGUGCUUCAACCAAAGAAUAAUGGCGGUGAUGAUGUGAGGCCAGAUUUGUGUUAUGAAUCAGCGGCUGAGAUCAAUCAAGUGCGAUGGUCUCCGGCUCAGAUGGACUGGAUUGCCCUUGCUUUCAUGAAUAAGUUGCAGCUUUUGAAGGUGUAGAAAUAGGCUAUAUAUAUGACCUAUUUUCUCUGUGAUAUAAGAUUUAAAAGGGGGAAAAAAAGGAGAGAUUUCAAUGAGAAUGAUCUCUAAUACUCAUCUUUUAAAAUGUGAAAAGGAAUUAGCCUUGGUUAUUAUGCCUGUCUAGUCUUCUCAAAGUGCUCACGCAAGAUUACUCUUGUUUAUCACCUGCCAUUCAAGUCCAAACAGUUUCACGGUUAUAUAUAC